UACAGUCUGGAUAUCGUUCAGAGCUGCUUUGGGAAACCAGAAGUUACUGAAAAUGUCCAGCAGGUAUCACAAAGCAGCAGCCGAUGGCAAUUUGGACCUCUUGAAAGAAGCCACUAGGAAAGACCUCAAUACUUCUGAUGACGAUGGGAUGACGCCCACCCUUCUGGCAGCAUACCAUGGCUAUCUGGAAGCUCUGGAAGUCAUCUGUCGGAGGGGAGGUGAUCCGGACAAAUGUGACAUCUGGGGCAACACUCCUCUCCACCACGCCGCUUGCAAUGGUCAUAUCCAUUGCGUUUCUUUUUUGAUCAACUUCGGUGCCAAUAUAUUUGCUCUGGACAAUGACCUCCGCACUCCCCUGGAGGUGGCUGCCAGCAGAGACCGCAAUGAAUGUGUCCAAAUCCUGGACAAAGCCGCCACCGAGCAGAACAUGUUGAACCCAAAGAAGGUCUCCAAACUCAAAGCGCAGGCCCAGAAGAAUGUGGAGAAACAAAUCAAGGAAUGCGAGAAGCGCCAAGAGAAACACCAGCAUGAAAUGAACCGGCAUUAUAUGAAAGAAAAGGUUGACACAGUAAAUUCUUCCAGAGGGACACACUCCCGAGUAAAGUUGCCUAGUCUCUUUGCUUCAAAUACAACAAGUCCUUUCACCAAAAAUCUGAAAGAUACUUUCAAACUGAAGGCAAAAAAGGCAGCUGGCAGCACAAGAAGCCAGGAAACGCAAAGCAAUGACCAAGAGAAUGGUAUGGGUAGGAGAACUGUGAUGCAUUUUUUCGAUGAGAAAGAGGAGGAUGAAUUACUGAAUGACCUCGGAGAGAAAAACUUUUCUGAUAAUGACAGUCAGGUCUCCAUUUUUAAGCGGCCAGGUCUCGGCAAGAUUGUAUUUGGAAGGAAUUUGGCUGCGGAUAUAAAUCCUGGAACUGUGUCUUCUGAGCAAGAAGUUGUAAGCUUUAAAAUGUCCAGGGAGCUCUUUCAGUAUGAAAAUGCUGAGGAGGGUGGGGGAGAUGAUGCUGAAAAUGGUGCCAAUAUCCCUUGGCAUGAGGAAGAAGUCAUCUGGGAUGACGAGGAAACAGAGAACACACCCCUUGAGGUAUUUCUGGCAUCACAGAUGCUGGAUGAGUUUCUUCCAGUCUUUAUGAGGGAAAAAAUUGAUUUGGAUGCGCUGAUGCUAUGUUCUGAUGAAGAUCUACAGAGCAUUCAGAUGGAGCUUGGGCCAAGAAAGAAAGUCCUGAACGCCGUGAAUAAAAGAAAACAAGCACUCAAGGACCCCGGGAAGACUGUAGAUACUUCCUUAUAAAUUAACGUACCUGUUGCUGUGACCUGCACACUGAUUCAUUCUUUUCCUCUUUCUAAGGAGCAUGCAAUUCUUUUCAGAUGUCUGCUAAAGCAAAAGGCAGAGAGGUUACCAACUGCUUUAGAAAGUACAGCAAGGACAAAGAUUUUUCUCUCUGCAGAGAUGGCUGUGGUGCACGGGGUAUUAAUUAAAGCACAUUCUGCCAAAAAGAAAGAACGUGAAAGUAAAAACCCAAAAGCUAUAGACUCAAACCUGUUUCUCCCUAAACUGUUUAUGGGGAUUGGAUUUCUUCUCGUCAGAGUAACUUUAAAUAUCAGUGAAGACCAGCCAUGCUACGUUCCUUAAUAAAGCCCUUCCCUUCUUCUCCAAAACCACAAUGCAAAGAGCAUCCCACAGCUUGAGAGCUUUGAGGUUUCUCCAUUCGCUUCAGUUAGAUUGUGACAAGCCGCCCUUCCUGGGACUGAUGAUAUCUUAGAAAAUGCCUCUGAAUCUUGAUUUCAGCUAUGGCUGAUAAUAGCUUCUGAACAAACGUAAAUAAGGCUAAUUAACAGCAAGUUUCCUGUUCCUGUCAGUAAAGUGGUUUGCCUCUGUAUUGGUAUUAAUUUAAAAAUACAUGAA